AUGCAUCACGCUCACCAGUGUGGAAUGGAGGAGGCAGGAGAUGAUAUUGUGUCCGAGACAAUAGAAUCAUUGUGUAAGCGGGCGCAAGAUUUAUGCACACACGCUCGUCAUAAUCUUCGUCAUAAUCAACCAGCUACUUGCGAUGAAUAUGCAAAGAAGCAUACGAACGUUUACGCCACAACAUUUGGUACUCGCUGUCACUCAUGUAAGGAGGAUAAGGGGAUAACACUCGUAAAUGUCUAUCCACAGGGACUGUCCGCUGGCACCGCUGAACCAUCUUAUGGCAGACCAGCAUUUUGUGAAGACAAGAAGUGCUAUGGCGAUGGGAAAGUCAGUCCGAGAGCCGCUGAUGACAUUCCAGAGGAGCGGUUGACGUUACCGUACUGGCACAUCGCUGAGGCUGCAUCGCGAGCUUUGGAGGAGAAGAAUAUGUACGAUAAGCGACGUGCCGCUGAUGCAUGGGAUAAAUACUUUUCCACUUCCCCCCAUGUAAAGAUUGAUGAUGUAAUGAAAGAGGGCGAGUUUGUGACCUGCUGUUCCUGCGGUCAGAAGAAAGCCGUUGAGAAAUCACCACCAGAGAAACAAAAUCAGUACCCAUUCAUAUCGGACGCUGUUUGCUUUCAUCAAAAAAAGCAAGGGAUAAAGCCUCAAGGCAAUUUUGUUAAGGAGAAGAAACACGAGCGCCUAUGCGGUGCUCAUAAGACGAGAGGAGAUGGGUGUGACUAUGCGGUUCUUUACGAAUGUGAAGGCAGUGUAAACAGUUGUCCACAUUUUAUUAAGAACAGCGAAUCUAAAGAUGAGGUAUCGGGACGAGCAGAGCGUGUCGGCAUGCGCUCUCUUAAAAACGAAGCCGAGAUUGUAUUGCCGGCUAAGAGGAAAGGUCCGCGUUGCCCAGAUGCUGUCUGUCCUUACCUGGUGGAUGAUACUGGUGCUUAUAUCCACAGGGAUGGUGGGAGUGACUCACACAUGAAGAAACGAAAUCAGGGCUCACCACCGCGCAUAUGUCGUCCAUUUUAUGGCACAACGGAGUUAGAGAAGAGCUCUCUAAAUGCCAUCAACCACCUACUAAAAGCAGAGAAAGAGUUACGUAAAGUGCAGUUCACUGCUGGCACUGUUAUACCACAGGCAGAGCAAUACGUCGAACAGGUUAAUACUAUCCAUAAUGACCUCAAGCAAUUCAAUACACUAUUCCGUGAAGUUCAGCAUCAAACCAACGAAGCUCUUGAACAGAAAGGAGCGCGUCACUUCCACUUCGUAAUUCAAGCUUCUCCCACAAAAAUGAAGACCACAUCGGGACCGCUCCCACCACGCUGAUAAGGAACAUUCGAAGGAACAACGCAAGAUAUGAUAUAGUUUCAUGUAAUAAAGUUUGAAUGAACCUUACAUGCUACUGUUA